AUGUCUUCCAAAAUACCAAAAACCUGCUAUCAGACUUCAUCGCCAUACGAAGAGAAAAUCGGAUAUUACCGUGCCGUGCGACACGGAAAUCAAGUCUUUGUUUCGGGAACUACAUCCGUUGAUCCUCGUUCUUCCGCUACAGCACCGCUCAUUUUGUAUCCCAACAAUGCUCGGGAACAAACACGUGCUGCUCUAGAAGAGUGCAUCCGGGCUAUCAAAGGACUCGGUGGAAAGGGCGCCCAAGAUGUAAUUCGGGUCAAAAUGUUUGUUGGUUGUCAUGACGACUGUGAAGCUGUGGGUGAAGGCUUCCGUCAGGUGUUAGGCAAGCAAAAUCACGCUGCAAGUGGGACGAUAGGAGCUGCAGCUACAAUGAUUGUAGUGAACGGUGGCUUCAUCAACAAGCAAAUGCUUGUCGAAGUUGAAGUCGAUGCUAUCAUAGAAGAGUGA